CUGCGUGAGGCGUGUUUGGCCGGCAGGACAAGGACACACGGCUGGAAUGACAUUUGUGUAAGUUAGCUAAGUAACGCUUACUAGCUUAUUGCUAGCGUUAACCUACCAACUACUGUACAAAACCUGACCUCGUGAACCACUGCAUCUAGGCUGACUUCAGCGGGGUUUCGUCUGAGAAAGGUUUUUUGAGAUAGAGAGACUGCUGCUGUAGCUGGGAAUCGACCAGAGUCAUAAGGUCCUGAGGAGACGCUCUGUGUGUUUGCGGUGUCCUGCUGCUGUGGGAGAUGGUCAGCAGGUGAAUGGCUGUGAGCAGAGGGGGCAUCGCCUUCUGGGUGGGUUGUGUCCUCAGCCACGGCAGAAGGCAACCCAUCAAAAAACUGAUCUGGAAUGAGGCGGUCUACUGUCAGUGGAUCUGUCAGACACGCCCCCUGAGCAGAGCAUCAUGGGCCCUGGCGCCGCCCAACAGUCUGAGAUAUCAGAACAUUAAGCAGCCGGUGCUGUCCCACCCGUUCCACCAUGCCAGCCAGCCUCAGAGAGGAGGUUACUGCGAGGAGGACUGGGAGGAGUCUGUCAGCGUGUGUGUGCUGGUGCGACAGGGCGAGUCAGACGGCCUCCACACCCUGCUGGAGAUCCCUCUGUCCGCUCACAAUAAACUAGGAGAGCUCCUCGUUCUGGGGGCUCCCAACUCCUCUAAGUUGUCGUUCCCGUGGACCACAGUGGAAGGCAGCAGAGAGGAUGACAUCAGCGUUGACAGCUUCGAGGGAAACAGCGUUCAUGCUGUAAAAAGAGAACAUGGCUGUUUCAGAAGCCUGUUUGAAGCAGAGAGGUGUCCGGCACCGUUCAUGUACGGCUCUCACUUUUAUUGUUUCCAUUGCCCGGGCACAGAGCCGGUACCUGGCAGCGGGCUGAAAUCUAGGCAGGAUGUUGGACUUGACAGCAAGCCUGUGGAGCUGCCCCUGAUGUCUCCCACCUCACUGUGUAGCCAUGCAGAGAUAGCAGAGGGGGAGCGUACUGAAGGAGACAGUGAAAGGGAGGAGAAACUGGCCAUAAUGUAUGAAAGACUGAGGAUAGAGCUUCCAAGUUUCUUUAUGAAAAGCCAUGAUUACACCAUGUACUCAAAUGAUAUGGAAUUCAUCAACGGCCUCAUAAAUACCAAGACCAGAGGCCGUGUGGUGUACCAGCUCACCCUCUCCCUGUGGCGCCUCCUGUGUCUGUGUUACUACGCCAAGGCUCGGCUGGAGGUGCUGAAGCUCACCAAGCACAUGGAGGACGGGAGCAUUAAGGCUCGCUGGAGGAUCAAGGGCCUUCCCUUCUACUCUUUGCUGCUGCGCUUCUAUCGCAAAGACAAAUCUCACCUCUACAGGUCAUAUGAUGCAUUCUCUACUUUUUACAUCGGACAGGACGGACUCAUUCACUGUCAUAAAGUUGAAAAGGUGAUGCCGGCUCAGCCCCCUGUCCUGCCCAGAGUAACGUCUCUCCUGGCAGGGGCUCUGGUGGCGCUCGGGGUGCAGGAACAUCGACCUGCCCUCAACCUGCUGCCCCUCCUCCUGUCUUCGCUACGACAGAUCAGAAACUGACCCCAGGACGGUGAUGAGAGGAAUACUGGAAUCACCGGUGUGUCUAAGGUCCAUGUGACUCUGUAAAGUUUAAUUCAUUCUCAGCAUUAAAAUGGAGCUCUCUAUCCUAAAAUCUCUUAAUGUUGCCCCUGAAUUAAAUACAAAGUCAAGACUUUACACUGCUUUUCCUUUUUCUAAUUUUAGUUUAGCUAUUUGAAAUAAUGAAAGUGUUUAACCUGAACACAGAAUUGGGUUUUCAGGUCCAGGCGUCACAUGCUGUCAUCUCUGCCAGUCAGCCGCCAGCUGUUGUGUUUUUUUGUGUGUGCGUUUACUUAAAUUUUUUUCUCCAGAUUUUAAAACAGAAACUACUACGUAGACACCAGUCCUUAUAAAAACUAUUUGAAAUUUGAGGAUGUAAAACUGAAGACAACAUUAAACUGAGCCACAUUGCAGAUGUUGCCUAACAUCAGAACUGGGGCAGCCCUUGAAGAUGCACGUUUAUAAUAUAAAUGUAAUUAUUUAAAUAUAUAUUUUUGUGGCAUCAGAAAAUGGUUUGAGUUCCAGGGCUGAGAAAGAGUAACGUUAACACUGUGCUACAUUACAGAGAAAUACAAUAACGAGCCUUCACAAUACAUUUUAGAAGCGUACGCCGCAGCAAGCCGCCUGUUCACGACAGUGCUAACAGCAGUAAUGAUCCUGGCCGUGUCGGAAUAACAAGAGACUGAACCUUUGUUGCUCCUGUUUGGAGUCGCUGUAAAUCACCUCUGUCAUAAUUUGUCUCCGUUGGUCUCCUGGGCUUUGUUCUCCUGCUGCAGCAUCAUGCAUUUCAGACAUACUUACCAACCUUGAGACCUCCAAUAUCGGGAGUGGGGGCGGGGAGCACCAGCUUUCUUCUGCAUCACGUGCAUGCUAGGAAACGACAUUUGGGGCAGCUGUAUUGUUGUCCAGGUGGAAACAGUAGAGAGAGAGCUGUUGAGGGCUUACCAGAAACAGGAUGUGGCAAUGGAAAGGACGAAAAGUUAUGAAAGUUUGUCAUAAAUCGGGAAAAAUAUUGUGACCCCGGAAAGAAACUGGGAGAGGGCAAUGAAAAAUUGGAGUCUCCCAGUAAGAGUUCACAAGUAUAUAUUUCAGAUGGUGCUGCACCAUGACGCAUGCUUCCAAAUGAGCAAAUACCAAUUUACACUUCCCCCUCCUUUAGUUCUUGGUACAGUAAUGGGAAGUUAUUUUGGAUAAGUCUACGAGACCUAUUUGUGUAAACCACUGUUGCAUGAUGUUGUGUUUUUGCUCUGGUUGGGCUCAUUUCACCAAAUAUGCUGACAGAGGAACACACGGAUUAAACUGCAAACAUUGUUGGUUUGUAAUUUGGUUUUAGGUUCUGGUACGUUUUUGGUACAGGAGGGAAAACAAGAAGCAAUUUUUUUUCAAUUAUUUUGAAAAAUGGAAACCUUUAACCGGAGCUCAUUGGCCAUAAUUCUUACUGUAACAGUCGCACAUGUCGCAUCGUAAGGUUUCUACAGAGCAGACCUCAGAUCUGCAGCAGUAAACACUCCUGUAGCAUUAGUUCUUGCUUUGGCAGCAUCUGAAUCUGCAGUGAGAGGCUGAACACUGAUCAACCAUUCGAGUGAUGCCCAACUUCAGCUGAACAGUGUCGGCAUACCAUUUUCUCUAACUAACCCAUACAGUGGAUCUAAAUGUCACAGAGCGUCCUCCAGCUCUGGUCUUUGUGUUUGCCAUUCGGUGGCAGCCACACUGCUUGAGCUUCACUAACCUGGCUAAGCUGACGAGAAUGCUGUUAGACAAUGGCUGGUGUGCUGGCAAAACAUUCAGGGUAAAACUGGGAAUAACUGUUCCAAGUGUGUGAAUAGUAGACUGCAGGCUCAUUCAGUCGUCUUUUCAUACUUGACAGUGAACUCUCUCCAUCUCUUUAUCUGCUCGGUGCAAAUUGUGGCAGUUUUAGCCACAUUUCCACCACCGGUCUGAUGUCCCUCCCACCUGUAGGCUUUGCCAGCAUCACUGUCACCAUGCUGUGUUUUCUUGGGAGUGUUGAUACAGUUUAUUACUACAGAAAUAGGAAUACAUGUGACAGAGGGCCUGGAGAGGAGCUGCGUCCAUUGUUGGGUUCUUGGUUAGUUACCUUUUAGAUGAAGGUAGUGAAUGAGCAGUUGAUAGUUGAUGUUAAAACAGCAGGACCACACUGUGACACAGAAGCAGCCAGUCUGUCACUAAUAUAAGUGAAACAAGCUCUAACUGGUUGCUGCUCAGUCACUGCAAGUGACUCAAUUGCCAAUAAAUGCGUUUUCACUUCUUUGGUUUUAGUUUUAGUAAAAUGUAAUACUUGUGAGGUUGAGGAGUAGUGGAGAGGUCCCAGUUCAGCAACAUUUGAGUAAACUAAAGAAACAAAACAACAUCAGAGUUUAAAGGAUAAAGCUGAUGCUAUUCUGUAAUUGUCUUAUCUGCAAAUCCCAUGUGCUCACACACAACACUUGUUAGUAGAUACAUUCACUGUUGGCUCUGUUCAUGUUUGGCUCUGCACAGAGGAUAUGUUGACAAGAAGAAAGAUAUGGACUUUUGUCAGACUUAUGCUUUAACCAUCAGCCACCCACAGGAUGUUAGUGUAGAACUAUCACACACUGUUAGCUCAGACUAUAAAAAGUGACAUUAUGAGUAUGUAGUAUUUAUAAUGAAAGGUUAGAUUCUACUCCAAAAAGUGUGUGUGUGUGUGUGUGUGUAUAUACACAAUAUAUAAUCACGACCAUAUAACUGAGACCUUAAAAAUACAGAGAUGCAAACCCAAAAGCUUUUAGUAAUGUAAAUAACACUGAAUAUCUGGAUCAGCAUGUUAGCAGGGUCGCUGUGUAGCCUUCUUUGUUUGAUCAAAUUUGGGCAAAAUAGUUUUUGACUUUGCGGUUAAUGGGUAAAGUGAUCUGUUUAACAGGCAGUCAGAGAGGUAGCUCAGUAGCUGGGGACCACAGAGACCAUGUGCUUGGUGAAAUGCUGAAACAAGCUAAUUGAUUAUUUUACUGCCAACGAAAACUUGAAAAUGAAACAAUGGCUGCUCAGCUGGCACUGACUUAGUAUGAAUAUGGGGGUCAUAGACUAUACAGGAUGCUGAAUGCCCUUAACUGUCCUUUAGCAGAGACCUGACCUGUACUAAAUGUGACGUUGACGUAAUGCAUCUGUUUGUCAUUAAUGCUGCAGUAAAUGCAAAGGAAUCUGUGUAUGCGAGCAGUUUCUAUUCAACUUUUAAUUUGGUUGAAGUCGUACCUAAAUCAGUAGCCGUAAGUACUCAGCUUGAUAAUAUUUAGUGCUUCUUAAUACCAGACAAUAAAGCAUGCUGUAACUGUAGCUGUGGUUCUCUGGUGUCACAUCUGUAUGAACCAUGACUCGGCAGGUUCUGUGUAGCUUCAUUUCCACAUGUACUGCUGCAAUAACUCCUGUGUGAAUCCUGGUUGUGUGAAUAAAAUAAAGUUUAAAGAUUAAAAAUGA